AUGAGUAGUGAAGAUAGAAAUGGAAGUGGAAGUGGGAGUGGGCACCAUGCCAGUCGAUACAAUGAUUCGUCAGUCCCCGGUGGACGUCAUAUAAGUGGACCAAGAGGACGAGGAAGUGGAUAUUACAGAGGUAGAGGACGUGGGUAUUAUCGUGGUAAUAGAGGCGGGCCGUAUUUGGGGGGAGCUGCAGAGGAGACGGACAACACUAGCACGUACCAUGGUGGUCGGUAUGGUGACUCGGCGGCAUACUACCAUCCUUACCGAGGCGGGUACCGUGGAGGUGCUCGUCGAGGAGGCUACCACAACAGCAUGGCGGCUAACACCAACGCCCCAUAUCACGGACCAUCGCGGUUGGAUACGCCGCCUCCACCACCACCACCACCAGCAGCGCAAGCACAACAGCAAGCAUCUGCGAUGGCGAAUGGCGGAGAGACAAGACGGGGACACAAGAAGCGGAUAGACGAGCACGAGUCGCCCUUUCUGUAUCUGACGGAACUGGACCAGGGCGACGAGGCCUCUGUGGCAGAGGCCAAGAAGGUGUUGGCGGCGAGCAGCACACUGGAUGGGGCCCUGCGAGCCAGCUACUUGAGGCGUCUGGCGAGCGAGACGGAGGUGUCGUUGCUGUCCAACCAGUGUGAGCGGGACACUCUCAACGUGCAACUGACACAGGAGAAGCUCGACUCGCUGCUUCUUGGCUGA